GGGAUUUGUUAUAGGACCAAGACGUAAUGCAAUUUUGUUAAAUGAGCAAGAAAUAAUUUUCGAAAUUUUUAGGAGAGAGAGGCGCUACUCCUUAUUUUAAAGAAGGGAAGCAAAGCUAUGGAUUCUGAUUCAGUCAUAUGGCUGCUUCUUUGUACUGUCUCAUACUGGAUUAUGUUAACAAUGUCAAAAAGGGUGGCAAAAGCCAUUGAUUUUUUCUCCGGGUUUAAGAGAGAAAGGUGAAGCAGGAGAGAAAUGGAUUUGAAAUUGAAAGUGGAUGAGUGGAAAUAGAGAGAGAAUGGAAAGACACGACCUGUAAGAGAGAGAUAGAGAGAGAGAGGUGAAGAAGAAGAAGAAGAGAAUGGAUUUGGAACUGGAAGUGGAUAUGGCCGGAAAUAGAGAGAGAAUGCAAUACAACAUGUAAGAGAGAGAGAGAGGAAGAAGAAGAAGAAUGGAUUUGGAUUUGGACAUGGAUGGUGCUUGGGUAAAUGAAUCAACAAAUGAAGAUGUUGCAUCAGGCUACGCCUUCUCUCCAAAUUGCCAGGAACUCUCCUUCUGUUCACUUUCCCCUAGCCACAACAUCCCUGAUUUUAGUCAGUUUCCUACACAGCCUGAUAAAACCACUGAAACGCAAGUUACCCAACAAUUCGAAGCCUCAUCUUCCCUUCCUAAAACCAUGUAUAACCCUGAAUCUUAUAGCCCCAUGUGGCUUUUCUCAGACAAUUCUUUUCCCCUUAAAAUUUCAGAAAACGAUCCACAAAUUACAAUUCCAGGCAAUAUUGACCCUGAAUCAGGCCUGAAACAGGAGAAAUCCAUCGAUUUAACCAACUGUGAUGGCUCGAAUGGGCUUCCAGGUCCAAAUCAUAUGAUGGGCCUCUCAGAAAAGAACCAAACUGGGGGUUUUAUUGUGAUUUCGGAGAGCAAUUCAAAUGAAAAAUCAGAUAAGGCUUCGAAUAAUCAGAACUGGGUUGUGGAUGAAAGGUCUGAAUCUGAUGGUUCCUGUGUUCUUAAGGCAAGGAUGAUGCAGGCUCUUCGGUACUUUAAGGAAUCUACAGAGCAGCAUGUAUUAGUUCAAGUUUGGGCACCUGUUAAGAAUGGAGAUAAAUAUGUUCUCACCACUUCAGGCCAACCCUUUGUUCUUGACCCCCAUAGCAAUGGCCUUCUCCAAUAUAGGACUGUGUCUCUUAUGUAUGUUUUUUCGACUGAUCCUGAGAAGGAUAGUGAUUUAGGACUUCCUGGCCGGGUUUUUAGAAAGAAGCUGCCUGAAUGGACCCCGAAUGUUCAGUAUUAUAGCAGCAACGAAUACGCAAGACUUACUCAUGCUAUGCAUUACAAUGUCCGGGGAACACUAGCUUUGCCAGUGUUCGAGCCUUUGGGGCAAUCGUGUGUUGGUGUUGUCGAGCUUAUCAUGACAGCCCAGAAGAUAAAUUAUGCUCCUGAGGUUGAUAAAGUUUGUAAGGCUCUUGAGGCUGUAAAUCUGAAAAGUUCUGAAAUAUUGGAUCAUCCAAAUCUGCAGAUAUGUAAUGAAGGCCGCCAAGCUGCCUUGGCUGAAAUCUUGGAAAUAGUAACUGUGGUUUGUGAGACCCACAGUCUACCUUUAGCCCAGACUUGGGUUCCAUGUCGCCACCGAAGUGUUCUUGCCCAUGGGGGUGGUUCAAGGAAGAGUUGCACAAGCUUUGAUGGGAGUUGUAUGGGACAAGUUUGCAUGUCAACAACUGAUGUGGCAUUCUAUGUUGUUGAUGCUCAUAUGUGGGGGUUUAGGGAUGCUUGCUCAGAACAUCAUUUGCAAAAGGGUCAAGGGGUAACUGGUAGGGCAUUUGAAUCACAUAGGCCUCGUUUCUCGAGGGACAUAACUCAAUUUAGCAAAACCGAAUACCCCCUUGUUCACUAUGCACGCAUGUUUGGAUUAGCCGGUGCCCUUGCUAUAUGUCUAAGAAGCACUCAUACUGGGAGUGAUGAUUAUAUAUUGGAGUUUUUUUUGCCACCCAACUGCAAAGACACUACAGAGCAGCAGCGCCUUUUGGAUUCUCUAGCUACAACUAUACAAGGGUGUCGCCGGAGCUUAAGGGUUGUUAGCGACCAAGAGUUGAUGGAGGAAAAUGUGCUAGAAAUAAUUGAAGGUUCUAUGAAUGGGGGAGGUGAUAUGAUGAUUGAAGGUGAAACAGGUCAAAAUUGUGCUAAUGUUCACAUCACUCAAGAAAGUGGCGAACCUCAUGAGAAUGAUGAGUUGCAACUUUUGGAGCAGCAGCGGCCUUCUGAGGUUGAAGUCCAUAAGGAUGAUGGGAAACUGAUAAAUACAGAACAAGAACAUGCUGCUGCUCCUCUUUCUAAGGGUAAAAAUGUGAAGAAGGGCUUAGAAAGGAGGAGGGGGAAAGCCGAGAAGACAAUAAGCUUAGAGGUACUCAAACAGUAUUUUGCUGGGAGUCUCAAGGAUUCUGCAAAGAGUAUUGGAGUUUGCCCCACUACUCUCAAGCGCAUAUGUAGGCAACAUGGAAUCUCUCGAUGGCCAUCUCGCAAGAUCAACAAGGUGAACCGUUCGCUCUCUAAGUUGCAACGAGUGAUUGAAUCCGUCCAUGGUGCAGAAGGGGCAUUCAACCUCCCUGUGGCUCUGGGUCCUAUUCCUUUGUCCACCGAUCUAAAAGCCUCUAAAGAGCACUCUCAUCACUCUGUGGAGAAAGAAAGAGAAACACCACCCUCUAAAACCCUUGAGGAGGAGCAUCCUAACAGCCAGGUUGAACCGCUGAUUAGAAUUGAAUCAGAUGUUCACCAACAACUUGGUGAUGUUGGAUACACUGUGCAUGAGUCUAAGAGUAAGAGCGACGUUGGCGAUGAAGCCACUGAAGCUCCGACUUCUCAAGGUUCAUGCCUAAGUAGCCCAACUAGCGAGACCCAAUUGAACAACUUGCACACUUCUCUCAUCCAUGAGAUAGAAAGCUUUGAUGGGUUCCGACCCAUUGUCGAUGCAGGCAGUUGUAAAGAUUUGAGUUCUCUUUGUAACAUGGGUACGGAAGAUAUACCAGAGGAGCAAUUACCCGAGCCAAAUGGAGUACAAGAGCCUCUUCCUCUCUCUCUAGAACCUCACCCACCUUUUCAACCAGCUAUUGUUUCACCCUUUGUGCAAGAAACCCAAGCUGACAUAAAAAGUGUGGCUGUGAAGGCCUCAUAUAAGGAGGACAUCAUCAGGUUUCGGCUGCGUUUUACUUCGGGGGUGGUGGAAUUGAAUGAAGAGGUGGCAAAGAGGCUCAAAUUGGAGAUGGGUACUUUUGAUAUUAAGUAUUUGGAUGAUGAUCAAGAAUGGGUUUUGUUGGCAUGUGAUGCUGAUUUGCAGGAAUGCAUUGAUAUCUUGAUGGCAUCAAUGGGGCAUGUGAUCAGGUUGUUGGUGCAUGAUGUAGUCUCCAACUUGGGUAGCUCAUGUGAGAGUUCGGGAGAAUGAGAAUGUGCAAAAUAGUAGGAAGUUUUUCCUUCGUUUCUUAUCUUGUAAUUCUAGCUGAUUCAUGUGGGUGAAGCUAUAGAUUUUGUCCUGCAAUUGUGCUUGGAUUGCAGCUGCAAAUGUAAAUGUUGAAGAAACCAGCGUUUUGUCAUAGAUGUUGUUAUCCCUUAAGUAGAGGACUGGUAGUUGGGUCAUUGUAUUAGUAGCCUUCUCUUGUAAUAUCCAUUAUUUUUCUUGAUUGGGUGGUUUGGCUGAUUUUCAGAGAGGGGGUGGGAACCAAGACCUCUCACUACCAACCAGGUGGCUUACUGUUAAGUCAAAUGCCUUGGUUUACUCUUUUGUAUUCUCUUCUUUCUUGUUAUUAUUCUUAUUAUCGAUCAUAUUGUUUCUGUUUUACCAUGAUUACAAUUGAUACCAUGUGGGUGUUA